AUGUCGAACAAACCGCGCCGAUUGCUGCAAAAGUACGAUCUGUUAUUGGACCAUCUUGAUUUCGACUACAUCCGCCAAAGCACGAAUGGGCGCGAAGUGGAAAACAUCGUCAAGGUGCUCCGUUCCGGUGAGGAAGGCUUUUUUCCACAGCUAACUGAGUUCGCGGAGGAACGGCUGAAGUCUCUUAAACCGAACAGUAAGCUUCUGCGAAAGGAACAACCCCUAGGCACGCAGCACACCGUACCACAAGAGCAAUGGAACACACUCUGCGCCCAGCUGGAUCAGUGGCAAAGCGAUAUGAAAACCCUCAGCAGCGUAAUUCGCAGGGCGGAUGGGAAUCACGAAGACGAUGCCACACUUCCGCCCGUGCGAAAAGUGCUCCCUGAAAGUGAAACUACCGCAACAGCGUGCACUCCUGCCGUCAAGACCCAGCGCAUUGCUUCCUGCGAUUACGAAAAAUGGGACAAAUACGACCCGGACACGGUGAUGUUGAAAAUGGACCUGGACGACGAGCGCCACCGUGAGAUGGUGCGCAUCAACAACCAGAAGAACAGUCAGCAAUCGAAAAUCAUCGAAUUGCCACCGGAAGUGAAGUUAACACCGGAAGAGAAGCAAGUGCUAGCGGGCAAGCUGCGCGAGAAGGGUAACGAUUUCUUUCGCGCCAAAGAGUUCAAGGAAGCUGUGGAGGAGUACGGAAAAAGCUUGGAGAUGUUUGCAACGGCGGCAUGUUUUAACAAUCGGGCAAUGGCUUAUCUUAAGCUACAGUGCUACAAGGAAGCAAUAUCCGAUUGUGAUGAUUGUCUGCUACGCGAGCCGAGUAACGUGAAAGCUCUUCUUAGAAAAGCCCAAGCUCUAACAGCUUUAGACAGUUCCCGAGAGGCUUAUCUGGUGUAUUGCAAAGUGCUUCAGCUGGAAGCGUCAAACUCAGUCGCGCUGAGUGCCACGACAGCUUUUCGCGAUCAGCUAAAGGAUCUUCCACCUCCAAACGCCUUCCGGAUGGCCAUCGAAGAAGUGAGCAACGCCUCCGAUCCCGAGAUCGACUUCAGUGCCCUGGUGCGGCCGAAAAAGAUCAUCAAAAACAAUUUGCAGGAAAGCAUCCGCCAGAUGCGCACGGAAACGGAAACCAUAAUACGUCAGCAGAAGGAACGCGCGAACCAACCGAUCGAUUUAUUACCGGAGCCAGCCAGACCCCGGCGCACACCUCUCAUAGAAGAGCUGUAA